CUGCAAGGCCACCCGAAUAGUACCAGGAAGACUGCCAUUAUGGAUCCAUUUUUAUGCUUAUUGCAUAAAUUCGCCAUGAAUUUAAAGGAAAGUGAAAUUGCUAGCAUCAAGUUUUUGAGCGGACCAAAAGUUGGAAAAAAAAAACUACAAGAGGUCCAAAGUGGAAUCGAUCUUUUCACCAUUCUGAUGGAACAAAAUGAAAUCUCCAGAAGCAACGUUGACUUCCUUAGGGAGAUGUUCCAAUCACUUAAAAGGGAAGAUCUGUUGGCUGACUUGGACAAGUUUGAAAAAUAUGGAUCUGAUACCGAAGAUCUACUAGACCCAAGGGAAAGGGAGCGACUGAGUGCAGCAUUUGAUAUUAUAUGUGAGCAUGUGGGAAGAGAAUGGAAAAAGCUGAUUCGCACCCUUGGAGUUACCGACACCAAAAUUGAUAGCAUUGUUUAUGCACACCCUUAUGACAUGACGGAACAAUUCAGGCAGUGCCUCAAAGCCUGGCAGAAUAUAAAGAGGAACGAAGCAAAUGUUUCUCACCUGUUCGAAGCCCUUCGCAAAUGUAAAAUGAACCUGGUGGCCGAUAUUCUCAGUGAGAAGCUUCAAGCGAUGGAACAAUAAAAUGGAGAAGAACAAAUUCAGGAACAAAAUCAGAAGAAAAAAAACUAUGAAUUCCGACAGCAUCUUCUUGCAGGUGUUAUUCUGUAUUAUAUAUUGCAGGGUCUGAUUUUAGCACUUACCUGCUAUUGCUUUCUUACCCAUAUUUCUUGCCAACUCAUGGAAAGACGUAGGAUUAUCAAGACAUCAGUAUUUUUUUGUUUAUAAAAUGGGAAAUCUUUCUAUGUCCCCUUUCACUCAAUGAUUGAUCAGUGGUGUUUAUUGAGUGCUUACAGUGUGCAGAGCACUGUGCUAAACACUUGGAGAGUACAGUACA